CAGUCCUUCCCUGAUCUCUCUGUUUUCGUCGCCAUUUUGUUUUGAUGACUUUCUACCUUUUCUAUCGGCGAAUGUAGUUAAGAGAGAUUUUACCUCACGAUGCCAUCUAACGGCCAAAGCGAGCCAGUACUUCUAGCUACGUCUGGAUACGACCACACUAUUCGAUUCUGGCAAGCUCAUAGUGGGAUAUGCUGCCGUACUGUUCAACACCCCGACUCACAGGUGAACUCUAUGGAGAUCACGCCUGACAGACAGCUGUUAGCUGCAGCAGGUUACCAACAUAUAAGAUUGUAUGAUAUCAAUUCAGCUAAUCCAAACCCGGUUGUUAGUUACGAUGGGGUCUCCAAAAAUGUGACUGCUGUCGGCUUCCAUGAAGACGGAAAGUGGAUGUUCACUGGUGGAGAAGACUCCUCUGCACGCAUAUGGGAUUUGAGGACUCGAAGUCUUCAGUGCCAGAGAGUCUUCCAGGUCAAUGCACCUGUGAAUUGUGUUGCUCUCCACCCAAACCAGGGGGAGUUAAUUGUUGGUGACCAGAGUGGAGCUAUUCAUAUGUGGGACCUACGCACAGAUCACAAUGAGCAGCUGAUUCCUGAUGCCAAUUCCCCUGUCCUCUCCCUCAGCAUAGACCGAGAGGCAAGCUACAUGGCUGCAGUCAAUAAUAAGGGUAACUGUUAUGUGUGGACGCUGUCUGGUGGAACAAAUGAUGAUCCAACAAUGCUUCAUCCAAAAACAAAAGUUGAGGCCCACAAGAGAUACGCCUUAAAGUGCCAAUUCAGCCCAGACUCGUGCCUCCUUGCCACUACAUCUGCUGAUACAACAGUUAGGAUAUGGCAAACAGCAGAUUUCUCUCUCAAGACGACCCUCAGUGACACAAGCCAGCGUUGGGUGUGGGACUGUGCUUUCUCUGAGGACUCCCAGUACCUCGUUACAGCAUCCUCUGACAACCUCGCCCGUCUAUGGAAUGUGGAAGCAGGUGAAGUGGUGCGCGAGUACAGCGGACACCAAAAAGCUGUUGUCUGUCUUGCAUUCAAGGACGCUCAGGUCAUGUGAAUUGGAAUACUCAUGGGAUCCUUUGAUAUUCGGUUUGCUGUGGAUGCCAUAUGCCUUUAUACCUGUGGAAUUCAUUCAAUUAUGCAAUUCCUGUGCUAUGGGUUUCCUUUGGAGACCAUUCAAUACCUUUGUUCAUGGAUUGGAUUAUGGGGUUCUUUUGAACUUCAAGUGGUUUUGGGUUUCCUGUGGAAACCAUUUGAUACCUAUGUACAUAAAGUGGAUUAUGGGAUUCCAUUGAACUUCAAUUGGUAUUGGGUUUCCUGUGUUCAUGAAGUGUAUUGAACACCACCUAUAUAACUCGAGUAGAUUAUGGGAUCCCUGUGGCAUCUCGCGUUAGGGCCCAACUCAAUUGAAUUCUUUGUGAUUGUGGGCAAAAAUACACAGUGGCAAAAGCGCAACAAUCCAAGAACUCCAAACAUUGGUAGUGGAGCACAGCUUGACUUGACCAUGUGGGAGACCUACGAUCAUACCUUGUCAUUAUAUGAUUAUACGAGCUGUACCUUUCCCUGUUAAAAACAAAACAAUAUACUGUGCAGCGUUUGAUUCAUGUUUUAUUUUGGUGCUCACAGUUAGAACAAGGUUGUUAUAUAAUUACACUAUUUACAAAAUUUGGUUUAUCACCACAUCAUUUUUUAUACUCAAGAACUUGAACUCAAAAUAUUAAUUUAGCUACUGUAGGACUACUAGUUUUAAGUACAGCAAUCAAGUAUGACAUGUGUUGGAUGUGUAACUAAGAUCUGGAAAUAAAGAGAACUGAAAUAUCAA